GGGCUUGGCCACAGAGGAGGCGGGGCUUCCGGCGUACCUGUGAAAACUAAAACAAGGGGUUGACCAAAGUUGUCUGCCCGUCCAUCCUGGCAGAGCUUCGUCCGAACAACUGGAACAGCGGAUACAGCAGAGACAGCAGUCUGUAGACCACAGUCUGUAGACCACAGGGCCUUUCCUGAAGCUCCAUCACUGAGCCAGGAAGUAGACGGAGCUCAGUAACCACUUUCCCCCGCCUUUAGCAGCAGCAAAAGCAGAAGCAGCGGAGGUGCCUGCAGAACAACAGCAACCAUGACCGACGCAGACAAAUUCCUGUAUGGAGACCGCAGCGGGGUGAACAACCCCCUGGUUCAGGCCGACUGGUCUUCUAAAAAGCUGGUGUGGGUUCCCUCUGAGAAGAUGGGCUUCGAGGCCGGCUCUUUGAAAGAGGAACACGGAGAAGAGUGUGUGGUGGAGCUCACCGACUCUGGCAAGAAGGUGAAGGUAAACAAGGACGACAUCCAGAAGAUGAACCCUCCUAAGUUCAACAAAGUGGAGGACAUGGCUGAGCUCACCUGUCUGAAUGAGGCUUCUGUGCUGCACAACCUCAAGGACAGAUAUUACUCUGGACUCAUCUACACCUACUCGGGUCUCUUCUGUGUUGUGGUCAACCCUUACAAAUACCUGCCCAUCUACACUGAGGACAUAGUCAACAUGUACAAGGGCAAGAAGAGACACGAGAUGCCCCCUCACAUCUAUGCCAUCACCGACACCGCCUACAGGAGCAUGAUGCAGGAUCGUGAAGACCAGUCAAUCCUGUGCACUGGAGAGUCUGGAGCAGGAAAAACAGAAAAUACAAAGAAAGUCAUUCAGUAUCUGGCCCAUAUCGCCUCGUCUUCUAAAUCUAAGAAGGAUCAGGCUAGUGCAGUUUUAUCCCACGGGGAAUUGGAGAAGCAGCUGCUGCAGGCAAACCCCAUCCUGGAGGCCUUCGGCAAUGCCAAGACUGUCAAGAAUGACAACUCCUCCAGAUUUGGAAAAUUCAUCAGGAUCAACUUCGACGUUAACGGCUACAUCGUCGGCGCCAACAUUGAGACCUAUCUGCUGGAGAAGUCACGAGCCAUCAGACAAGCCAAAGAGGAGAGGAGCUUCCACGUCUUCUACUACCUGCUGACAGGGGCAGGAGACAAGAUGCGCUCUCAACUGUGCCUGGAGGAUUACAGCAAGUAUCGAUUCCUGUCCAAUGGGAACGUCACCAUACCUGGCCAGCAGGACAAGGACAUGUUUGCAGAGACCAUGGAGGCCUUCAACAUCAUGAGCAUCCCUGAAGAGGAAGUGACUGGUCUGUUGAAGGUGGUGUCAGCUGUGCUGCAGUUGGGGAACAUGUCCUUUAAGAAGGAGCGUAACUCUGACCAGGCCUCUAUGCCAGACGACACAGCCGCCCAGAAAGUCUGUCACCUGCUGGGCAUCAACGUGACCGACUUCAGCCGAGCGAUUCUUUCACCCAGAAUUAAGGUUGGCAGGGACUAUGUCCAGAAGGCCCAGACUCAGGAGCAGGCUGAGUUUGCUGUCGAGGCUCUGGCCAAAGCCUCCUAUGAGAGGAUGUUCCGCUGGUUGGUGAUGAGAAUUAACAAAGCUCUGGACAAGACCAAGAGACAGGGAGCCUCCUUCAUCGGAAUCCUUGACAUUGCUGGAUUUGAGAUCUUUGAGUUGAACUCAUUUGAGCAGCUUUGUAUCAACUACACCAACGAGAAGCUGCAGCAGCUCUUCAACCACACCAUGUUCAUCCUGGAGCAGGAGGAGUACCAGAGGGAGGGCAUCGAGUGGAGCUUCAUCGACUUUGGCCUGGACCUGCAGCCCUGCAUCGACCUCAUUGAAAAACAUGCUGGUCCUCCAGGCAUCCUAGCUCUCCUGGAUGAAGAGUGCUGGUUCCCUAAAGCUACCGACAAGAGCUUUGUGGAGAAAGUGGUUCAGGAGCAGGGGACACACCCCAAGUUCCAGAAGCCCAAGAAACUCAAGGACGAUGUUGACUUCUGCGUCAUGCACUAUGCUGGAAAGGUGGACUACAAAGCAGACGAGUGGCUGAUGAAGAACAUGGAUCCUCUCAACGAGUCUGUGGCCACUCUGCUCAACCAGUCUACAGACAAGAUCACCUGUGAUUUGUGGAGAGACGUGGACCGUAUUGUCGGCUUGGAUAAAGUAGCAGGGAUGUCCGACUCAAUGCACGGUGCCUUCAAGACCCGUAAAGGAAUGUUCCGCACCGUGGGGCAACUGUACAAAGAGCAGCUGGGUAACCUCAUGGCCACGCUGAGGAACACCAACCCUAACUUUGUUCGCUGUAUCAUCCCCAACCACGAGAAGAAGGCUGGUAAACUAGAGCCUCACCUGGUCCUGGACCAGCUGAGGUGUAAUGGAGUCCUGGAGGGAAUCCGUAUCUGCAGACAGGGCUUCCCCAACCGCAUCGUCUUCCAAGAGUUUAGACAGAGGUAUGAAAUUCUCACUCCUAAUGCCAUUCCAAAAGGCUUCAUGGAUGGGAAACAAGCCUGUGUUCUCAUGAUCAAAGCUCUGGAGCUGGACCCUAACCUGUACCGCAUUGGUCAAAGUAAAGUUUUCUUCAGAGCUGGAGUUCUGGCUCAUCUGGAGGAGGAGAGAGACAUGAAGAUCACUGACGUCAUCAUCAGCUUCCAGGCCUGGUGCAGAGGACAUCUGGCUCGCAAAGCUUUUGCCAAGAGACAGCAGCAGCUCACAGCGAUGAGAGUCAUCCAGAGGAACUGUGCUGCCUACCUUAAACUGAGGAACUGGCAGUGGUGGAGGCUUUUCACCAAGGUGAAGCCUUUGCUGCAGGUGACCCGACAGGAAGAGGAGAUGGUGGCCAAAGAAGAGGAGCUGGUGAAGGUGAAGGAGAGACAAGUGCAGGCUGAGGAGCAACUCAGAGAAUUUGAAUCCAAGCAACAACAGCUGAAUGCUGAGAAGCAGGCUCUUCAGGAGCAGCUCCAGGCAGAGACAGAGCUGUGUGCAGAGGCUGAGGAGAUGAGAGCUCGUCUGGCCAUAAGGAAGCAGGAGCUGGAGGAGAUCCUCCAUGACCUGGAAUCUCGUCUGGAGGAAGAGGAGGAGCGAGUCACCCAUAUGCAAACGGAGAGAAAAAAAAUGCAGCAAAAUAUCACAGAUCUUGAGCAGCAGCUGGACGAAGAAGAGGCAGCCAGACAGAAGCUCCAGAUAGAGAAGGUCACCACGGACGCCAAGCUGAAGAAGAUGGAGGAGGACAUCAUGGUGCUGGACGACCAGAACAUCAAGCUGAACAAGGAGAAAAAACAGAUGGAGGAGAGGAUCUCUGAGUUCACCACCAACCUGACUGAAGAGGAAGAGAAGUCCAAAAGUUUGCAGAAACUCAAAAAUAAACAUGAAGCUAUGAUCACAGAUUUGGAAGAUCGUCUCAGGAAAGAGGAGAAAGUGCGUCAGGAGUUGGAGAAAAACCGUAGGAAGCUCGAGGGCGAUUCCACGGAGCUCCAUGACCAGAUUGCAGACCUACAGGCCCAGAUUGAUGAACUCAGAGCUCAACUGGCAAAGAAGGAGGAGGAACUCCAUGCUGCUCUGGCCAGGAUUGAGGAAGAGUCUGCAGCAAAGAACAUGGCCCAGAAGAAGAUCAGGGAGCUGGAGGCUCAGAUCUCAGAGCUGCAAGAGGAUCUGGAGCUGGAGAGGCAAGCGCGCUCCAAGGCCGAGAAACACCGACGGGACCUGGGAGAGGAGCUGGAGGCUCUCAAGACUGAGCUGGAAGACACUCUGGACUCCACCGCAGCACAACAAGAACUGAGGUCAAAGCGUGAGACUGAGGUCGCGCAUCUGAAGAAGACGCUGGAGGAAGAGGCUAAAGUCCACGAACAGCAGAUGGCCGACAUGAGGCAGAAACACAAUCAGACGUUUGAAGAGCUCAACGAACAGCUUGAACAGGCCAAAAGGAACAAGGCGUCGGUGGAGAAGACGAAGCAGGCCCUGGAGAGUGAGUUGAACGAGCUGCAGAUCGAACUUCAGUCUCUGACACAGGGCAAAGGAGACUCUGAGCACCGUCGCAAGAAGGCUGAGGCUCAGGUUCAAGAGCUGCAGGUCAAGUUUGGAGAAAGUGAAAAACAGAGGCAGGAGCAGAGCAGCAAGAUAACAAAGAUGCAGUCUGAGCUUGACAACGUCAACAGCCUCCUGAGUGAAGCAGACGGCAAGAACAUCAAGUCCAGCAAAGACAUCUCUUCUCUGGAGUCACAGCUCCAGGACGCACAGGAGUUGCUUCAGGAGGAGACCCGUCAGAAGCUGGCAAUAUCUUCUCAGCUCAGGCAGAUGGAGAGCGAUCACACUAGCCUGCGGGACAUGUUGGAGGAAGAGGAGGAGGCCAAAAGGAACGCAGACAAGCAGAUUUCUGCUCUUCAGGCCCAGUUGGGAGAGCUGAAGAAGAAGCUGGAAGUGGAGGCCUUGUCCCUGGAGGGGGCAGAGGAGGGUCGCAAGAGGGUCCAACGAGAAGUAGACAGUGUGAUGCAGCAGCUGGAGGAGAAGACGGCGGCCUACGACAAAUUGGACAAAACAAAAACCCGUCUGCAGCAGGAGCUGGACGAUCUUUUAGUGGACCAGGACAACCUGAGACAGAUCGUCUCCAACCUGGAGAGGAAGCAGAAGAAGUUUGACCAGAUGCUGGCUGAGGAGAAGACCAUUUCCACACAGUACGCCGAGGAGCGUGACAGGGCCGAGGCUGAGGCCAGAGAGAAGGAAACGCGAGCUCUGACACUGGGCCGUGAGCUGGAGACCAUGACGGACAUGAAGGCAGAGCUGGACAGAGUUAACAAACAACUCAAGGCUGAAAUGGAAGAUCUGGUCUCCUCCAAGGAUGAUGUUGGCAAGAGUGUUCAUGAGCUGGAGAGGUCGAAGCGUGCAAUGGAGCAGCAGCUGGAGGAGAUGAGAGUUCAGCUGGAAGAACUGGAGGACGAGCUGCAGACCACAGAAGAUGCUAAGCUGCGUCUGGAGGUCAACAUGCAGGCCAUGAAGGCCCAGUUUGACAGAGACCUGCAGGCCAGAGAUGAGCAGGGAGAGGAGAAGAGGAAGCUGCUGGUUAAACAGGUCCGUGAGAUGGAGCUGGAGCUGGAAGACGAGCGCAGACAGAAAACUCAGGCUGUCUCAGCCAAAAAGAAACUGGACCUGGACCUGGCUGACCUUCAAGUGCAGAUCGAUGAUGCCAACAAGGGCCGUGACGAAGCCCUCAAACAGCUGAAGAAACUGCAGGUCCAGAUGAAGGACCUGAUGAGAGAGCUGGACGAGCUGCGAAUGUCCAGGGACGAUGCUGUAAACUCGGCCAAAGAGACUGAGAAGAAGCUCAAGACCAUGGAGACGGACGCUCUGCACUUACAGGAGGACCUGGCCACUGCAGAGAGACUCAGGAGACAGGCCCAGACUGAGAGAGAUGAGCUCCAGGAGGUGGUGAACAGCAGCAACUCCAAAAAUUCUCAACUGGCCGAUGAGAAGAGGAGGCUGGAGGCUCGCAUCACCCAGCUGGAGGAGGACCUGGAGGAGGAGCAGCUCAACAGUGAGAUGGUGAACGACCGUAUGAAGAGAGCCACACUACAGUCUGAGCAGUUGACCACAGAACUCGCUGGAGAGCGCAGCAACAGCCAGAAGGUAGAGGGCGCUAGAGCUCAGCUGGAUCGCCAGAACAAAGAACUGAAACUGAAGCUGCAGGAACUCGAAGGUACCAUCAAGUCCAAGUACAAGUCAUCCAUUACCACUCUGGAGGCCAAGAUCGCCAUGCUGGAAGAACAGCUGGACACAGAGUCCAAGGAGCGUCAGCAGGCGUCCAGGCUGGUCAGACGAACAGAGAAGAAGCUCAAAGAGGCCCUGCUGCAGGUGGACGACGAGAGGCGUAACAUGGAUCAGUACAAAGACCAGGUGGAGAAGACAAACAGCCGCAUGCGUCAGCUGAAACGUCAGCUCGAGGAGACGGAGGAGGAGCUGACGCGAUCCAACGCCAACCGCAGGAAGCUACAGAGAGACCUGGAGGACGCUUCUGAAUCAGCUGAUGCUAUGAAUCGUGAAGUCAGCAGUUUGAAGAGCAAGCUCAGACGUGGAGAUAUUCCAUUUAACAUGCAACGCAUCAGGAUUCGCCCCGGCGUGGACAGUGACGAUGACGCGGACGUGCCGGCUGAAGUACCCGAGAGCACAGCUGAGUGAGCCAAUGAAAUAUGAGGAGCGCGUGUCAACGUGCAGAUAUGAUGCUUCAAGUAAUAUUUUGUCUCCAAGAGGUUAACGCAUUAGAUUACGUACUUUUUUCUUCUUCUUCUUUAACUCAUAUUUUGCUGCAUUUCUUUUCUGCCAAAUAUUCAUUUCAGCUCAGUAAAUGUGGCUGAUGGGUCUUUUUCCCAACAAGGCUUAAUUUGAGCGUUUUUUUUUUUUUUUUUUAAGAAAUAUUUUUCUCCUUAUUAGGUCUAUAAAAAUACUGCUAAGCCGCUGUGGUUCUGUUGAGUGUUCUCUGGAACAGGAAUUUUGGCAAUUUAAUGCUUGUUUUGCACACAAAUGUCAGGUCAUUUACACUGGAAAUGUUCACACCUGCUGGUGUCAGGACUAGUUCCCCUGUCAUCUCUGCUUCAUUAGUCUUGUUUUAAAACGGCACAAUAACUCCACACACUGAACAGACACAGAAUUGGAAAAAGUUGCUUUCUAUAUGACGUGCACAUUUGUCACUUAUAUUUUACACUUCUUUUUGGUGGUGGGUCAUUCUGUGUUUCUCUCACUGUACUGUAUUUGUGCAGCACUACAGCUGGUGCCUGAGUAGAACACUGUAUUCUUAAUGUGAGGAUGCCAAUAUUUUAAGGCAAGUCUGUAUUUUAUCAAGUGCCUUACCGCAAUAAAAUGACAAAUAUCCAACACAGUAA